GGGCGCUGAGGAAGCAGAGAAGCUGAACAAGAUGAGUUCGCUCUUGGAAAGACUUCAUGCAAAGUUUAACCAGAACAGACCUUGGACUGAAACUGUGAAGCUUGUCCGUCAAGUCAUGGAAAAACGUGUUGUGAUGAACUCCGGAGGGCAUCAACAUCUGGUGAGCUGUUUGGAGACUUUGCAGAAGGCAUUGAAAGUAUCAUCCCUUCCCGCCAUGACAGAUCGCUUGGAAUCUAUAGCUAGACAGAAUGGCCUUGGAUCUCACCUUAGUGCAAAUGGCACUGAAUGUUACAUCACUUCAGACAUGUUCUAUGUGGAAGUCCACUUAGAUUCUACAGGGCUGCUGUGUGAUGUCAAGGUGGCUCACCAUGGAGAAAAUCCUGUGAGCUGUCCAGAGCUGGUGCAACAUCUGAGAGAGAAAAACUUUGAUAAAUUCUCUAAGCAUCUGAAGGGACUUGUGAACCUGUAUAAAUUGCCAGGAGACAACAAGCUUAAAACUAAAAUGUACUUGGCUCUACAGUCUUUGGAGCUGGAUCUCAUUAAGAUGGCAUCAAUGUAUUGGCAAGCUACCAACGCAAGUCCCUUUGACAAGAUUUUGCAUGGCAGUGUUGGGUAUCUCACCCCACGAAGUGGAGGUCAUCUUAUGAACCUCAAGUAUUACAUUUCCCCAUAUGAUCUGUUUGAAGAUGGUACCGGGGCCCCCAUUGCUCUACAUGAUAACAACGUUCCUCGGUCUUUAGGCUUGAAUGUAUCAGUAACAAUUGAAGGAACCUUAGCGAUGUACAAACUCCCCAUUGCACCAUUAAUUAUGGGGUCCCAUCCUGUUGACAACAAAGGGACUCCAUCCUUUUCAUCAGUCACCAGUGCCAACAGUGUUGAUUUGCCAGCAUGCUUCUUCUUGAAGUUCCCACGACCUAUUCCAGUAUCCCGAGCUUUCAUUCAGAAACUUCAGAGCUGCACAGGAAUUCCAUUGUUUGACACCCCACCAGCAUUUGUCCCCCUGUAUGAGCUGAUUACACAAUUUGAGUUAUCCAAGGAGACAGAUUCUGUACCUUUAAACCACAACAUGCGCUUCUAUGCAGCUCUUCCAGGGCAGCAGCACUGCUAUUUCCUGAACAAGGAUGCUCCUCUACCAGAUGGCAGAAGUCUACAAGGAACCCUCAUUAGUAAAAUUGCCUUCCAACAUCCUGGCAGGGUCCCCCUCAUCCUCAAUUUGAUCAGGCAUCAAGUGGCCUACAACACACUGAUUGGUAGUUGUGUCAAGCGAACCGUUUUAAAAGAAGAUUCUCCUGGGAUCCUGCAAUUCGAAGUGUGUCCUCUUUCUGAUUCCUGUUUCAGUGUAUCCUUUCAGCAUCCUGUGAAUGAUUCCCUUGUGUGUGUGGUAAUGGAUGUGCAGGAUUCCACACAUGUGAACUGUAAACUAUAUAAAGGGCUCUCUGAUGCUCUCAUCUGUACAGAUGACUUCAUUGCCAAAGUUGUUCAAAGAUGUAUGUCCAUUCCUGUGACCAUGAGAGCUAUUCGUAGGAAAGCAGAAACCAUUCAGGCAGAUACUCCCGCCCUGUCCCUCAUUGCAGAGACAGUAGAAGAUAUGGUGAAGAAAAACCUUCCCCCAGCCAGCAGCCCCGGGUAUGGCAUGACCACAGGCAGCAACCCAAUGAGUGGUACCACCACACCAACAAACACUUUUCCUGGGGGGCCCAUCACUACCUUGUUUAAUAUGAGCAUGAGCAUGAAAGAGAGGCAUGACUCAGUGGGCCAUGGGGAGGACUUCAGCAAAGUGUCUCAGAACCCAAUUCUCACUAGUUUGUUGCAGAUCACAGGGAAUGUGGGCUCUGCCAUUGGCUCAAGUCCAACCCCUCCCCAUCACACACCACCACCAGUAUCCUCACCAGCAAGCAACACCAAGAACCACCCCAUGCUCAUGAACCUUCUUAAAGACAAUCCCCCUCAGGAUUUCUCCACUCUGUAUGGGAGCAGCCCUCUCGAAAGGCAGAACUCGUCUUCUGGCUCCCCCAGAAUGGAAAUGGGCCCUGGGGGGAAUAAGCAAAAGAAAAAAAAAUCACGCAUACCGGCAGACAAGCCCAAGCAUCAGACUGAGGACGAUUUUCAGAGAGAACUGUUUUCAAUGGACGUUGAUUCUCAGAACCCAAUUUUUGAUGUCAACAUGACCGCAGAUACACUGGAUACCCCUCAUAUUACUCCAGCGCCCAGUCAGUGUAGCACUCCACCUACUACAUACCCACAGUCUAUACCUCACCCACAGCCCAGUAUUCAGAGGAUGGUUCGGCUUUCCAGUUCAGACAGCAUUGGAGCUGAUGUUACUGAUAUCCUUUCAGAUAUAGCAGAGGAGGCUUCCAAGCUACCCAGUACUAAUGAGGACUGUCCGCCCAUCGGUACUCCAGUAAGAGACUCUUCUAGUUCAGGACAUUCACAAAGUGCCCUCUUUGACCCAGAUGUGUUUCAGACAAAUAAUAGUGAGAACCCAUACACUGAUCCAGCAGACCUUAUAGCAGAUGCUGCCGUGAGCCCCAACAGUGAUUCUUCAAAUCAUUUUUUCCCAGAUGGAGUAGAUUUCAAUCCUGACUUACUGAACAGUCAGAGUCAAAGUGGUUUUGGGGAGGAGUACUUUGAUGAGAGCAGCCAGAGUGGAGAUGCUGAUGAUUUUAAGGGCUAUGCACCCCAGCCUCUAAGUACUUUAGGAGUGCAAGUGUUGGGGGGUGAUGGAGGAGAAAAUAAAUUUAAAGGAAGCAGUCAGGCAGACACAGUUGACUUUAGUAUUAUUGCAUCUGCGAGCAAAGCACUGGGGUCCUCUGACAUUAUGGAGCAUCACAGUGGAAGCCAGAGCCCUUUAUUAAGCACAGGAGAUUUGGGAAAGGAAAAGCCUCAGAAACGGGUAAAGGAAGGCAAUGGUUCUGGGAGUAGCUUAUCAGGGCCUGGGCUAGAUGGUAAGCCAGGAAAACGCAGCCGGACCCCUUCUAGUGAUGGUAAAAGUAAAGAAAAGCUUCCAAAACGGAAGAAGGCAGACACAGAAGGGAAGUCUCCAUCUCACAGUACAUCUAACAGGCCUUUCACUCCACCAGCAAGCACAGGUGGGUCAAAAUCUCCUGGAAGUUCAGGCAGAUCCCAGACUCCCCCUGGGGUAGCUACUCCUCCUAUUCCAAAAAUCACAAUUCAGAUCCCAAAAGGGACAGUGACUGUUGGCAAACCUUCUUCGCAUGGACAGUAUACAAGUAGUGGCUCAGUCUCCUCCUCGAGCAGCAAAAGCCAUCAUAGCCAUUCCUCCUCUUCUUCCUCCUCCUCUUCUUCCACCUCAGGCAAAAUAAAAAGCAGCAAAUCUGAAGGGUCUUCUGGCUCAAAGAUGAGCAGCAGCCUCUACUCAAGCCAGGGUGGCUCUGGUUCAGGACAGUCGAAAAGCUCAGCUCAGUCCGUGGGAAAGCCUGGAUCCUCUCCCAUCACCAAACAUGGCCUCAGCAGCAGUUCUGGAGGUACUAAGAUGAAACCUCAAGGAAAACCUUCGUCGCUUAUGAACCCUUCAAUGAGUAAACCAAACAUUUCUCCUUCUCAUUCUAGACCUUCAGGGGGUUCUGACAAGCUUGCCUCUCCAAUGAAACCUGUUCCUGGUACUCCCCCAUCAUCGAAAGCAAAAUCACCUAUCAGUUCAGGUUCUGGAGGUUCGCAUAUGUCUGGGACGGGAUCAAGCUCAAGUAUGAAGUCUUCUUCAGGAAUGGGUUCCUCUGGAUCCAUGUCCCAGAAACCACCACCUUCAUCAAACUCUUCAACAGCAUCUUCAUCUUCCUUUUCAUCGAGUGGCUCUUCCAUGUCUUCAUCUCAAAACCAGCAUGGAAGCUCCAAAGGCAAAUCUCCCAGCAGAAACAAGAAGCCAUCUCUGACUGCAGUCAUAGAUAAACUUAAACAUGGGGUUGUCACUAGUGGGCCUGGUGGUGAAGAUCCAAUGGAUGGACAGAUGGGGCCGAGUUCCAAUUCCUCAAGCCAUACUAUGUCCUCCAAACACAUGUCUGGAGGCGAGUUCCAGGGGAAGCGGGAGAAAAGUGACAAAGACAAAUCUAAAGUCUCUGUUUCCGGAGGAUCUGUUGACUCUUCCAAAAAGACUUCAGAUUCCAAAAAUGUUGGAAGCACUGGUGUGGCCAAGAUUAUCAUCAGCAAACAUGAUGGUGGCUCCCCUAGCAUUAAAGCCAAAGUAACCUUGCAGAAACCCGGGGAAGGUGGUGGGGAUAGCUUGCGGCCUCAGAUGGCCUCUUCCAAAAGCUAUGGCUCCCCUUUGAUCAGUGGGUCUACUCCAAAGCAUGAACGUUGCUCACCCAGCCACAGUAAGUCACCAGCAUAUACUCCCCAAAACAUAGACAGUGAGAGCGAGUCUGGCUCCUCCAUAGCAGAGAAAUCCUAUCAGAACAGCCCCAGCUCUGAUGAUGGAAUUAGGCCUCUGCCAGAAUAUAGCUCAGAAAAGCAUAAGAAGCACAAAAAAGAGAAGAAGAAAGUGAAAGACAAAGAUCGUGACAGAGAGAGGGAUCGUGACAAGGACAGAGACAAGAAGAAGUCUCAUAGCAUUAAACCAGAAAGCUGGUCUAAAUCACCUAUUUCUUCUGACCAGUCUCUGUCCAUGACAAGCAGUGGUAUUCUGUCAGCUGAUAGACCAUCUCGGCCAAGCCCCGAUUUCUUGAUUGGGGAGGAAGAUGAUGACCUCAUGGAUGUUGCUCUAAUUGGCAAUUAAUUUUUUUUUUAAUUUAAAAGAUGAGGUGUAUACAGCACUGACUGGGUUCUAAAGAUGGAAAACAAAGAACCAUUCAUUUCAGACCUACCACGCUUACCUUAAAAGACAAUGUUAUAAACAGCAAAAAGUAUUGCUGAGGAUAUCAAAAACCUGAACAGAACACCUGUGACUGCUGAUCUGUGAUGGUGAAUGGCAUCUCAGAUGGCAAACCACUUUCCUGACUGUGGCCUUGAUCCUGCAGACAUUUACACUUAUGCUUAAUUUUACAUGUGUUAAUAGUCCCCCAUGAGAGUUAAUGGGUACAAAAUAAGCAUGCAUGUAAGUGCAAGAGCAGACCCUAAAUUGGUGCAAACACAAAAACCUAGGUUAUUCUGGGAGAAUCAUAUUUCUACUGUCCCCCUUUUCCCCUUUCAUCAUAAGUUUUCUUUAUUUUUAGGAAGUUUUAAGAUAAUUAUUUUAAGGCAUAUUUUAAUAAUUGGGGCUUGGGUUUUUCUGUUAUUGUGGGAUGCUUUCAGGAAAAAAAUGCUUUUUAAAUUUUUAUUUUUUUUUACUUCAUCAUUCAGUCUCUGAUUCUUUGAGGUGCUGAGGUCCUUCAUGUUCCUCUAGUAUCAGCAUCAGGGCAAAAUCAGACACUGUGUUCUGAUGAACAGUAAGAUUUUAUUCCGGGUUGAAUUGAUGAAGGAUAUUUGUCUAUGUUGGAUUUCCUUUUUGUUUUAGCUAUUUAUUUAUGUCCAUAUUUGAAUGCCUUGUGCUGCUCGCUUUCAUGCAGUCUUUACGUUUUAAUUGUAUGAUUUAGGGCUCAAAGGGACUUA